UUGCGCUAGAUGCAAAACAGCGGCGGAUACAUAGCGAACCACAAACAAAGAAAACACGCAGUCGUCUUCGUUAUCUGGUAUGCGUUUGCAGUAUCACAGGGAUGCCCAAGGAAAAAUAUGACCCGCCAGACCCCCGGCGGAUGUACACAAUAAUGUCGAGCGAGGAGGCGGCCAAUGGGAAGAAGUCAUACUGGGCAGAGCUUGAGAUCAGUGGUAAAGUGCGGAGUCUCAGCACGGCGCUGUGGUCCCUCACUCACCUGACGGCUCUGCACAUCAGCGACAACUCCCUGUCGCGCAUCCCGCCCGACAUCGCCAAACUACACAACCUGGUGUACCUGGACCUCUCGUCCAAUAAGAUCAGGAGCCUGCCAGCCGAGCUGGGCAACAUGGUGUCUCUCAGGGAACUGCUGUUAAAUAACAACCAGUUGCGGGUUCUGCCUUUUGAGCUGGGAAAGCUCUUUCAGUUACAGACACUGGGGUUGAAAGGAAACCCACUUGCACAAGAAAUCUUGAACCUCUACCAGGAACCCGAUGGCACCCGCCGACUGCUAAACUACCUGCUGGACAACCUGGCAGGCACCAGCAAACGCAUCACCACAGAGCAACCCCCUCCCCGGUCCUGGGUGGUAUUGCAGGAGGCUGACCGUACGCGACCGGCAGCUCUUUUCUCUGUCAUGUGCUACAACGUGCUCUGUGACAAGUACGCCACCCGCCAGCUCUACGGCUACUGCCCCUCCUGGGCCCUCAACUGGGAGUACAGGAAGAAGUCCAUCAUGCAAGAGAUCCUCAGCUGCAACGCAGACAUCAUCAGCCUGCAGGAAGUGGAGACGGAGCAGUACUAUAACUACUUCCUGGUGGAGCUGAAGGAACAGGGAUACGAAGGCUUCUUCAGCCCCAAGUCCCGAGCCAGAACCAUGUCGGAGUCGGACCGCAAGCACGUGGACGGCUGUGCGAUAUUCUACAAGACAGAGAAGUUCAGCCUGGUGCAGAAGCACACGGUGGAGUUUAACCAGCUGGCCAUGGCAAACUCAGAGGGCUCCGAGGCCAUGCUCAACCGGGUCAUGACCAAGGACAACAUCGGCGUGGCCGUGCUGCUGGAACUGCGCAAGGAGAUGAUGGAGCAGUCAGCCGGCAAGCCUCUACACGGCAUGGAGAAACAGCUCCUCCUAGUGGCCAACGCUCACAUGCACUGGGACCCGGAGUACUCGGACGUCAAGUUGGUCCAGACGAUGAUGUUCCUAUCGGAGGUGAAGAAUAUCGUGGACAAGGCCACCCGCAGCCUCAAGCUGUCCUCCAUCUCUGGGGAGACCAACGCCAUCCCGCUGGUCCUGUGCGCCGAUCUCAACUCGCUUCCUGACUCAGGUGUGGUGGAGUACCUGAGCACAGGUGGGGUGGACUGCACACACAAGGACUUCAAGGAGCUGCGCUACAUCGACAGCCUGACCAACUUCAACUGCAACGGCAAGAACGGCACGUCCAACGGCAGGAUCACGCAUGGCUUCAAGCUGAAGAGUGCCUAUGAGAACGGCCUGAUGCCCUACACCAACUACACCUUCGACUUCAAGGGUGUCAUUGACUACAUUUUCUACUCUCAGCCUCUGCUCAAUGUUUUGGGGGUAUUAGGGCCCCUGGACCCACAGUGGCUUCUUGAGAACAAUGUGACCGGCUGCCCACACCCCCACAUCCCCUCUGAUCACUUCUCCCUGUUUGCACAACUGGAGCUCGUCCUGCCCUACCUGCCACCGGUCAAUGGAAUCCACCUUCCAGGCCGCAGGUAGUCCUCCGAGCCACUAGAGGGAGCAAUUGCUUCCCCCUCAAGCUCUGUUCUGUAAACUCCAGAAGAAACUCAAAAUCUGUAUAAAUCUGAGUAAUACAUGAGAGGAGUGAGAUAUGGCCAACAGGGAUUUUUUUCUGUUUCUAAAUGUUUUCAUGGAUUUUUUUUUUAUUUAAUCAAAUGCUAAAGUCAAUCUUUGUAACGAUGUCUGCUAUCUUUCCAGACACAAUGGUAAUGUCCCAUUCGCUUCUUUGAUUCUUUUUUGUUAUACUGUAACAGACCACAGUGAUGGUUGGUUUCCUUUUCCUGGUUCCUGUCUGUUGCCCCAUCCACUCCUGUUGUUAUCCUGAUAUUUCCCAUCAUUGUUGCACCAAAAGUCCACAGCUAGUUUCAGAAGGCUGAGGUACAUACGGGCUUUGCACGCAACAUGGAGGAAGAAUCCAGAGUCACACAGGAAGCGUGUUGGACCAUACGGAGUCUACAGGGAAUUAUGUGUGUCUUAACCAUCCAGAGGCCAAACAUACUGUGUGCCCAGAAAACCAUUUUUAUUAUUAUUAUUUUUACAGAUUUAACAGCUUUAACCAUGGGUCCUUUGGCCUUCCUCCCACAUUGUGGCAUAGCCUCCAUCUUUGAGCACCUUCCAUGUGACAGGGUUCUGCUGAAGUGGAACAGACUUGGUAGGGUAGGAGGCAGCAGGCCAACCUCUCACUUUUAACACUCGCUGGUGUUAAAACCAGCUCUCCUGGUGCUACCAGCCCUGUCCUAUAGCUUUGCUUUUCUACCAAGUGGUGCAGUCGCGUCGAGUUUUCUCCGAACGAGUCAGCAGUGGAAGCACUGCUAGCUUUUUUUUUUUUUACGAUUUUAGGCCGUCUGUAAGGUGAAUAAAGAGUGGUGUCACUUACCACAAAGGGGCACUCAGGAUUUUGGGGAAUACUAAGCCUCUUAAGUCCCUCACCCAGCUGAAUGUUAGAACAUAAUUCAAUUUGAUCCCCUCUGCCGCAAGAGGCAGUCAAAUUAAAUUGAAUGUUUAGGCAAAAAUGUAAAAUUGGUUCAUGCGUUGAGGUCAUACAGCCAUCUCUGUGGUCAUCUUCUGUGUGUUUCUUGUUUUGUUUUCCAUUGCUUUUUGGUGUCCCCUCAAGGUGGAGAUGAAGUUGGUCACUCUGCGUAGCGCUAGCACGCUGUACUGCAUAUUCAGGUAAAAAAGUGCGUGGGGAAAAUGGAGCAAGAUGGCUUGAUUUGAUUUAAGGGAACAGCUAAACCGUGCUAACUCUGUGGCCUUACUCAAUACCGCUAGCCCUCCAACAGUGAGCGUGCUAACGGUUUAACACCGUACCACUAGUGCUCCAAAUGUGAGCAUGCUAAUAGUCAAACACCAUGCCACUAGCACUCCUAAUAGUGAGGACGCUUACAGUCGAACGCCAUUCCGCUAGCCCUUCAACAGCGGGUAUGCUAAUGGUUUAACCCCAUGCCGCUAGCGCUCCAACCAUGAGCACGCUAACAGUUUAACACCGUGCCACUAGCACUUCUAACAGUGAGAAUGCUUAUGGUCAUACACCACGUCGCUAACACUCCAGCAGUGCUCACACUCAUGCAGUGGUGACUGACACUCCAAGGUGACCAGCUGUCAUCUCCACCUUUUUAACUGGGGGGGAUUUGGGGGCAAGGGGGGUUUGUGGGCUCUCUCAUGGGCACCAGCACACACACACACACACACACACACACACACACACACACACAC